AUGGUUGUAAAGGACGGGGUGCCGGAUGACGCAGAUUCCAAAACCUCAAAGAGCCUUCUGCGAAGAUCUACGUCGUACUUGAGGCUCUUAGUUUAUGCGGACCCUACUUUCUACGAUAUCCUCCUCCUCCUAGGUGGUAUACUUGCCGCCACCGCGUCUGGAGUUUCCUUUCCUCUACUGGGAGUGUUGUUUGGUCAAGUUGUCGACGACCUGAACUCCGCAACUUGCAAUGCUGGAAUUGCAAAUAUUUCGGCAUAUCAGUCAAGUGUCAAUGAUAAAGUGCUGAAAGUUGUCUAUGUUGGAAUUGCGUAUUUCAUUUUGGCGUACAUCUCAAUUGUAUGUUGGAGCUUAACGGGUGAAAGAUUAGCUCAGAGAAUUCGCCAAAAGUACUUCAGAGCUCUAUUGAAUCAGGAUAUCGCAUUUUUCGACAACCUUCCCGCCGGUGCAGUGUCUUCUCGUCUCAAUGGUGACAUUGCAACUAUUCAAAAUGGAACUUCCGAAAAGGUUGGCCUUGUUUUGAAUAGCAUUUCAUUUUUUGUUAGCGGUUACAUCGUUGCUUUCAUUAAGGAUGCUAAACUUGGAGGAGCGUUGGUUUCAUUACUACCAGCAUUUUUGCUUAUGUCCCUUCUCGGUGGUGCUUACAUCCAGAAAUACACAGGCCGUGUGGUAGAAAAUGUGACUGCUUCGACGUCCGUCGCCCUGGAGGGCUUGUCAAACAUCAUGGUUGUUCAAGCUCUAACUGCUAACUCCCGGCUAGAAGCCAAGUUUGCCGGUUCCUUGACUUUGGCGAAAAAAGCUGGAAUUAAAAAAUCUAUCGCCGCUGCCAUCCAGGCCGGACUUUUGUUUUUUAUUUCUUACUCUGCGAAUGCCCUUGCAUAUUGGCAAGGGUCGAAAAGGAUUGCAGAUGCGGUGGCUUCUGGCGGCUCUGGAACAACCGUUGGCUCAAUUUACACGGUUAUUUUCAUUUUAGUGGAUGCUUCCCUUAUUCUCAGCACUAUGGCACCGUUCUUUCAAUUUUUCGAUUCCGCUAGCAUGGUAUUCCAGAAACUAGAGGUAGACAUUUCUAAGAAGCCAGCAAUCAACGGAUCGAAUGGUGAUGCUGGCGCGAGCGCUCAAGGCGUUUCGGGUCACAUCGAGCUGAGAAAUGUCUCCUUCACAUACGAAUCGAGGCCAGAAAAGCCCGUCCUUCAAGAUAUCACUCUUUCUUGCCCUGUUGGAAGCCAAACUGCUCUAGUUGGGCUAUCAGGAAGCGGCAAAUCAACUGUUGCUAGCCUGAUGAUGAGAUUUUACGAUCCUACGAGAGGUUCUGUACUUCUUGAUGGACAAGAUAUCAAAGAAUUUCAUGUUGAUUCCCUCAGAAGCUGUAUCAGCCUUGUCCAACAAGAACCUUCCCUCCUGGAGCGAUCUAUUUUUGAAAACAUCGCGCUAGGCCUGGUGAACUCAUCUGAACAUUCAAAUUUAAGGUCAGCUCUACAGAGCCCCGUUCUCUCGGAGGUAGCUUCAGCGGUGCGGGGAGGGCAGGAUUUAGAAGAAGCUGCACGGCCUUAUGGAAUCGAGGUCAUCGAAAUAGUUGAAUUGGUCAAAAAUGCCGCUGCGAUUGCCGACGUGACAACAUUUGUUACAAGACUUAAGUAUGGAUUUGGUACGCUAGUAGGCUCCAGUGGUAGCCUAAUUAGUGGUGGUCAAAAGCAAAGGAUAUCGUUAGCUCGAGCUCUUAUCAAAAAUCCCAAAAUUCUCGUUUUAGAUGAGGCAACAGCUUCGCUGGACUCGGCAAGUGAAUACCGAGUUCAAACAGCAUUGGAAAAGGCUGCGGUGGGAAGGACCGUCGUUACAAUCGCUCAUCGACUAUCCACGAUCAGAAAUGCAGACAAUAUUGUUGUGAUGCGAAAUGGCGACAUUGUUGAGCAAGGCACACACUCGGAAUUGCUCGCCAAAGAGGGUUCGUACGCCGAUUUAAUACGUCUUCAGAAUUUAAAUGUACGCCAUGACGAAGACAACCACUCAGCACGGUCAUUAGUCACAGACGGCACUGGAGACUCACCAAAAAAGUUGUCCGAUGAAUAUACCCCUGCUCUAGAUGAGAAACUGAACCGGGUAGGUGAUAUCGAAACAGAAAAGCCGAUCGUCCUGUCGACCGAUGUCGAGGAGCAGGAAGACCGUGAUCUCGAUAGAAAACGGCCGCUCGGUACCACAUUUCGUGCCUUGUGGGUAUUCUUCAGGCCGUUUGUCCUCGUUCUCCUGAUGGCAUUCAUUGCCGCCGUAGUGGUGGGUGGAACGUACUCCGCCUGCGCCACUGUGUUUGGUCACACUGUCGGCGACCUCAGUCCAUGUAAAGGCGAGAGUAGAAUACGAUGGGCUGGAAAAUUCUAUGCCUUGAUGUUCUUCGUACUUGCACUUGUUGAGUUCUUUGCUAAUUUUGCCAGCUGGUCGCUGUUUGGCUUCGUUGCUGAAAAGGUUGUGUACAAAAUCCGAAUCUUAUCUUUCCGUGCUCUUCUUGAACAGAACCUCCAGUGGCAUGAGUCAAAUGGACGAACGCCAUCGAUUCUGCUCACACUGAUCACUAAAGACGGAAAUGCACUCUCUGGACUUACUGGAUCUGUCGUUGGAAGCCUUGUUUCCGUCAUCGUCAACUUCGUCACCGCAAUUAUCCUGACACACAUAAUCGCUUGGAAGAUCGCUCUGGUCUUUGUCGCCGUCGUCCCGUUAAUGCUUGGUGCUGGCGCAAUGCGGGUAAUCCAGAUCGCUCGCUUUGAGCAGCACCAUGCGGACGCGUUUGCCAAAUCCAUUGGCAUUACAAUUGAAGCUGUUAAUUCCAUUAAAACGGUGUCAUCUUUUUCCCUUCAGCAAGAAAUUUUCAACACAUAUCACCGUUCCCUACAAGGUCCGAACAGAGAAAUUACGCAACAUAGUUUGUACGCAAGUCUAUGGCUGGCGAUCUCAUACGGCCUCAGUAAUUUCUUAUAUGCUUUGGCCUACUGGUGGGGAGCCAAGCGAAUCAUCGCAGGGGACUAUUCACAAACACAAUUUUUCAUUGUUCUGUUGGCUCUCUUAGUGAGCGCUCAGCUUUGGGGCCAGAUGUUCACACUUGCACCUGAUGUUUCACGAGCUUUUAUGGCAGUCAACAGAGUAUUAAAUCUGUUAGAUCUAGGCAAGGACAAAGAGUUACAAAAACCUCCAAAAGACGCAGCAGAUGCUGAAGCUGGAAUUGGAGUGAUCGAGAAAUUUUCGGACUCAAACACUGGCGGAAUCAGCGUGGCUUUUAAACGGGUGGCAUUUGCUUAUCCUGCACGGCCUGACGUUCAAGUUCUCCGCGAACUAGAUCUUAAUAUCCAGCCCGGGCAAUUUGCUGCGUUGGUAGGGCCGAGCGGCGCGGGAAAGUCUACUAUCAUCUCUCUCGUUGAGCGGAUGUACUCACCAUCCUCUGGUUCUAUUGAAAUAGACAAUAAAGACAUCUCAAAGUACGAAGGGGUCGCAUUUAGAGAUAAUAUUGCACUUGUCUCUCAAGAUAAUGUACUCUUCGACGGCAGUAUUCGAUUUAAUAUUGCCUUGGGGGCUCGACCCGGCCACGAGCCAACUAAUACGGAGAUUGAAGAAGCAUGCAAAAUCGCGAAUAUUCAUGACACAAUCACCAAGCUACCGGAGGGCUACGACACUUAUUGUGGACCCAACGGGAACCAGUUGUCCGGUGGUCAGAAGCAGCGUCUGGCUAUAGCCCGCGCCUUGAUUCGAAAGCCGCGGCUUUUAUUGCUUGAUGAGUCGACGAGUGCUCUGGACGCUGAAUCCGAGAAACUUUUACAGGACGGGUUGGAAAAAGCGGCACAGGGAAUUACAGUCAUUGCAAUUGCACAUCGACUAAAUACGAUUCAGAAGGCGGAUAUAAUAUUUUUGAUUGAAGAUGGCAGAUGCGUUGACAAAGGUUCCCACCGCGAUUUGAUGGAGAGAAGCGAAAGUUAUAGAGUCAAUGCCUUACAUCAAGCGGUUGACGGUGUUCAAAUUUCGAAGAAAUGA